AUGACUGCAGGCUCGACGAGAGCACUGUCAAGGUCAAAGACGAUUCAGAGGGAAACAGACCAUGUUCCGGAAUCGGAUACACGCGACUCCAGUCCAGAAAUACUUGAUGAAUCUCCAAAAUGCUCACCGGCUCUCUUACGCGAGUCUUUGGGAAAGCAAAAGCAGGCUAUUCUGAAUGCUCUCCGCAACUCCCGUCUACAUGAAAGUCGAAUAUCUAAUGACGACCAGGAUAGCAUACCAUCCACCAACUCUGUCACCUUGCAGCAGCUGAGCGAACUCCUGGGCGGAAGCAUUGAACGCGGAGAAGGGAAUAGUUGCCUCGUUAUUGGUCCUGCGGGUAGUGGAAAAUCUAUGAUAUUCGAGAGCGCUCUGGACAUGUAUGAAGAUAACACCCCGAUUGUUAUUCGACUGAAUGGGCAUGUUCAUCAUACGGACCGUUUGGCAAUCCGUGAAAUUGCGCGGCAAGUCGUCGAACAAACUGGAAAUAAAAAGUUCGAGUCUAUCGACGUCGACGACGACGAUAAUCCGUUCGAAGAUAACAACACCGAUCAAUUUACAGGGACUUUACCUCCUCCAUCGCAUCUUCCGUCACUUAUUGCUGCCCUACCUACGAUCUCGAGACCUGUAGUUGUGCUUCUCGACGCAUUCAACGUUUUCACCGAACAACCCCGGCAAGCUCUGCUAUACUGUCUUCUCGAUACCGUCCAGUCUUGUCGAGCUGGAUCGUCAUCACACGGCGGGUUGGCAGUCAUUGGCCUCACUUCUCGUGUCGAUGUGGUUAAUCUGCUGGAGAAACGGGUGAAGAGCCGCUUUUCUCACAGAAUAUUGCGGACCUCCGGUCCGCGAGCCUUAGAGGAUUGGCUAGAAAUCCUUCGGCAAUGCCUGUGCACAACCAUCAAGGAUUCACCAGAGUCGGGUUCAUCUAGAUGGCGAACCAUUUGGGAACAUAAUACCAAUAUGUUUCUUCAGGACCGGGAGGUUCGAGACAUUCUCAAGGAUAUGUUUGGGAUCAGUAGAGAUAUUCGCUGUCUCCUUAGAGUUAUGACAAACGCGGUUAUUUGUUUGAGUGAAACCUCGCCAUUCUUAACGGUACGCAGCCUAAAUCGUGCCUUGGAAUCGCAACGCAGCAGGUUACAGUCAUCUCUACUAAUGAAGCUAGAUUAUCCCUCAUUAUCUCUGUGCAUUGCCGCGCAACAUGCUCGUACCGCGGGGCAUGACACAUUCACGUUUGAAAUGCUCCACGAGCUGUUCGCCACUCAGGUACGCACCUCAUCCGCCGCGCCCGUCAUGCUCGGCGGUGGAAGCAUCGGAAUGGUCAACACAUUCGAAGAAUUAAUCAAGACGAAGAUUUUUGUGCAAGCAGCAUCUCACACCGCAGGUGUUGGCAAGGAGUUUGUUAAAUACCGCUGCGCGGUUGAGCGGGAGGACGUUAAGGUUGCAGUCGAACGGAUUGGCCAAACUAAUCUAAAGAAGUGGUUCAGCAAAGCUCAAUAG